AUAUCCAAUGACAUACUAUCUGCCGGUCUGGAGUCGGUUAUGUUGUUGUGACUGUGGCAAGCUGAAAAGGGAUAAUAAUUUCAUGGCAUAAUAAUAAAAAUGAGAAUAGAAUAUUUUUCCGAGACUGAGAGAGACGUUUAGGUGCCAGAGCGUGUCAAAAACCUUUAACAGUGUGAUACACGACUUACUAUAGACCAAAUAAGAAAUGUACUACCUAUAUGGGUAGUUUUGGUAUUGCAUAAUUGGAUGUAAUGCAGAGUGGACUAUUUGUUAAACAGAUAGCUAUGUCCAACAUCCCAGACUGCAACGACAAAUAAUAGUUGUCUCCUCGUUCGAACGUACACACCGUCAAAUCAGCGGGGCGUAUCGUUCUCUAUUCACACGUGCAUGUAGCGUUUACCGUCACCAUAGAGACGAGGUUACACGAGUCCACCCGCGUUGCGUGGACGCGCCGCUGACAGGAUCGUGUUAAGGAUAUAUCAACACUUCCGAAACAUAUAUAUAUUCCGAUACAUAUAUUCGAGUAUAUAAUAUCAUGGUUGCACAGAAUAUAUAAUCGUACGCACGCACGGUCAAAUACGAAAGAAGGGACUGAUAUUUUGUAUGAAAUUAUUAGUAAUUGCGUGAGAAUUUCGGGUGGAUUUUGAAUAAUUCUGUUUCGAUUAUGGCUUCAGCUGCUGUUUUGCCGAACGGGGAUAGUGAGAAGUCAUUGGGAGCGAAGAGGCCGGGUGUCGGACGGACGAGAAGUGCAUCGAGUGUCGACAGGAAAAGUAUCUAUACCCGCCCAACCCCCUUCAAGAACCGAACGGCCCUCGCAGAAAAUUACGAAACACCGCGGAGUGGUCGCGAAGGAUGGUGGAGAAAGGAGAUACGGGAAACGCCCAUGCCGGGUGCCUACGAUUUCAAACCUUUCCUUGAGGAUUUCGAGACACGCCCAGCUACCUACUGCUUCAAAGGGGAGGGGCGUAAGAAAGAUGCAGCCAAUCAGGGGAAAGGGGUGGUUCUAAUGCCGGGGGCGUAUGAGGCAAAGGAUAACAUGUACUUCUUGGAUCGGACAAGGAAUACGUAUACCUUUAAAAACACAUCGAGAGCGAAAGACCUACCUACCAUCAAAGAUAAGGACGUCAACGUGUGUCCCACCUCAUACAAAAUGGAGAAUGUUCUAUCGUGUGCUGUCGAGAAGUCACCUUCAAAACAUAUGGUUUUCAAGUCCAAUUCGCAGAGGUUUCCAACUAUCUAUUUUAAAGGGACGAAGAACCCGCCCCCGUGCCAAUAUGAAUACCGUGAACCCCCAGCGCUGCAUCAGAUCUCAUCUAGCUUCAAGUCACGCACGCCAAGAUUUGCCACAUCACAUACGAAAGUUCCUGGCCCGGGCUCGUAUGAGAAGACCUACCAAUCACCCAUGCCCGCUACCAUUGCCAAGAUGGGUCGCAAUCAUGGACUCUUCUUCACAAGCGCUUUCAGUGUUUGAUCAACAUGGACACCAUGUAUCAAAAGACAGUUGAUCUCGACAUUGAGAGCAAACGAACGAUAAAAAGAUUUCGUCGAUUUUUUUAUAUGUGAUGUCAUGAUCUGGAUGUUUAUCACGACUUUCGCAGUGUUAUCGUUUGUGUAUAGUGACAUGAAUGUAUGAAAAGAAAGGAACGGCGCAUAGACCUACUGUGGAAAUAUCAAAGAUUCGGGAUAAAGUUCGGAUUUAAAGAAAAAGAGUCUUAAAACGAGCAAGGCGAUAUCCAUCUACAGUUACUAAAUUUAUAAGUUUGGCUUGUGGAAAUACAAGAUUAACACCAGAAAUCAUGGAGCGAUGGAAGCAGGGGAUUGAAAGUGCUGCAAACGUUUGGGAGUGAAGAAAACGCGUCAACAGUAAAUAACAUAAAUUAGAUCCGUCCAUCGUCGGGAGCCUCAAAGUACUUCACGAGAAUUUAUAUUGUUUCCUCCUAGAACUAUCUCUCCCUAAUGCUUCAGUUUCAUCAAUGACACCGACUCCAGACCGAUCAAAGCUAUUUCCAAUGACAUUGACAUACCAUCGGUCGGUUGAGUCGGUUUCGUAACAACAAUCGUUGAUAUAAUUGUAGUAUUAUUUAAGUUUUGUUCAUCCCAAUAAAGCUACAUGUACCUCAAAAAAGUAUCUCAAUAAUUUUUUCUCUCUACACAUGAUAUCUAGCAAUACGAAGAUGUUUUUCCACAUAGAGUUAACUGAUGCACGCAUCGCAGGAGGCCCAGUAAUCUUUAGUAUUGCUGAAUCAUCUUAUACAAAAUGCAACUUGGAAUUCAAGUUCGACGUUUAGUAGUCCAACUAAUAUUUUUGUGAACCUCCCCCCUCGACUGAAACCAUGUGAUGCGGGCAUCACAAGAGACUUACCAAAACCAGCAUUAUGUAAAAUAUUAGUAUUUUUUAGGAAUACUUGUAUCCCAUUAUAAUUUUCAUUAAAUUUGAGCAAUUACUUUUUUCAUCCAACCUUCUUUAUUGUGUGAAGAAGUAAAAAGAUGAAUUAAAGUUUAAGAAAAUAAACUCAUAAUCGCAGCUUAUUCAUUAAUAUUUUGUUAAUGAAUAAUUAUAAAUUGUUAAAAUAUUCAAACAUGUAUGUAAGAGUGAAUAUUGCAAUCUAAAACUAUCUUUAAGUAUUAGGUUCUGUAAUACUCAUGCAGUACCGGUUUCAUCUAUCACCCACCUUCAUUUGUUUUCCUCGGAUGCAAUAACAUUUUUUUCACAAUGGAAAGGUGUUUACUUUCAUGCGAGUUAAAAGUUAAAUUUGACACAUUUAUCAAUUGGAAAUAAUGUACAUUAUUUUUCAGCUAUUAAUUAGUCUAAAGACCAAGUCUUUCAUUAUAGGAAAAUGAUUUUGAAUAUUGAAUUGAUGUGGAUGCAUGUGCCUAUACAUACUUUGAAAAAGAGAUGUGGAUGCUUAAAUACUUGAAAUAUAAUCCUAUGAAAACAUUAGAGGUUUUUUGUACCAUUUUGUCUGAAACUGGGACCUGUUUCACAAAACUUGUUUAAAAAAACAAAUGUUGAAAAUGUAUGAUAAGUUUGUGAUUAGCCUAUUGAAUGACAUGAUCUCACAAAUAAUAAAAGUAGUUUCUAAUACAACUAACAAUGUAUAACAAACAUGAUUAAAAAGACCAAUAUUCUGGAAAAUAUUUGAGUAUACUACAUAUUAUGAAUGAUAUAUGAAGUCAUAUACCAUGACAAUAGUUAGCAUAUUAUGCAUUUCAAUCCCUGAUAAUGAUAAAAAUAAUAAUAGUGAUAAACAUAAUAUGCAUUGUACAACAAAUAUAUAGCAUCAUUAUUAUGAACACAAUAUCACGACAUUAAAACUAUCAUUUUCCAUCAAGCUAUGCAUACCCCAUUUCACUUUUCUUCCUUUUUAAUGAUAAAUAUUAACACAACAGGCAAAAAAUGUGUAUUAUACUCUGUUCAAAAUAAUGAAUUUGAAUGUUAACCAUUAAUGUCAUAACUUUUUUGCAUGCAGUUUAUAUAGACCACAGGAGCAAAUAAUUACGUUUUGUUCUGUUGAGGCUCAUUAAUGAAAGAAUUUGUUCAACUUGCUAAGCUCCUCCAAAAUUAAAUCUACAAAACAUCUGGAUCGUAUUACGACUUUCAUUGAGCACUGGGCAUCUAUAGGAUUCAACCUGAAUUUAGAUUGCAGGGGCCCUUUGUAGUUUAUGAUGCAGUUAUUCCCAAAAUAUUAUAUCAUCAGAAUGUAUGAGUGAUAGGAUUCUGAUAAUUAGGUUUUUUUAUAUACAUUUGCAUAAUUGUGAGAUUUCCUUGUUGUCUUUUCCAAUUCUCAACAUAUUUCACCUAUGCAAUAAAGUGUUUUGUUGCAAUAUUUCAUGCUGAACAGUGCUUACAAAAGAGACAUUGUACAUUUUUCAUAUUUGAUUUGUAUCAUAUAGAUUUUUAUUGCUAAUAAAUUGAAACCAUCAAAAUA